CUGUCACUCUUUCUCGCCAGUACUAGCAUUACAUAGACUUGGGCUUUCUUACUGUUCAAAGGCUGAAACCUGAAAUAGAAAUAUAUUACCCUCUUUUUCUCUAACUUUCUGGGAUUUGAUUGGUAACUAAGAAAAACACCGGGAUUUUUUAGGAUAUAAGAAGGGAAACAAAAACAAUACUCGGGUAUAGGGCCCCACUUCAACUUAACCUUUCCUUUUUGUAUUUUCUCGAGAAAUUUCUCUCUCCUAACCCCUUCUCCUCUCUCUAUAUACACGCUCCUCUCUCUCUUUAAAGACUUUAAUUUGAAUUCUAUAUCUCUCUCUGUCUGUCUUUAUGUAUAGUUACGCGCAUUUCCUGUCUGUUGUUAUUUAUUGCAGUAUCAUUUAAUAGACGACCAUAAACCAAAUUUCUCCUCUUUCAUUUUGUCUCUCAUUACUAGGGUUUGUCUUUCUAUAUCUUCUUCAAUGGGGUUUUGAUUCAAAACUUUGUGCACAGUAUAGCUAGAUUGAGGAUUCAACUUGUCAUCAACAUUAACAAAUAAGGAAAAAGAGAUUGAGAGUAGACCAAGAUUUGGCGGUGAGAGUUUCUUGUCUAUGAAAGUGUGUCCACUCUUAAUUGCUUUAUGCAACUCAGAACUGUAAAAUCAAUGAGUGGCCAGACUAGCAUGGCAUCUGGCAAUCCUUUUUUCGAGGACAUGCGAAGUAAGCCAGAGGUUAUUGAUCCUCCUCAAAAUGAAGACAUGAUGGAUGUUAGUGAAAGUGUGAAUGAUCCUGCUCAGAUGGCUUUGAAACCGAAUGUGACUGUAUCUAGCAGUGUCCGUGAGCUAUUGGAGUGCCCUGUGUGCUUAAAUGCUAUGUAUCCUCCAAUUCACCAGUGCUCGAAUGGUCAUACAUUAUGUUCCGGCUGCAAACCCAGGGUUCACAACAGGUGCCCCACUUGCAGGCAUGAACUCGGUAACAUAAGAUGUCUUGCGUUAGAAAAGGUUGCUGCGUCUCUUGAACUUCCAUGUAAAUAUCAGAGUUUUGGGUGCUUGGGAAUAUACCCAUACUACAGCAAACUAAAACAUGAAUCACAAUGUGUCUAUAGACCAUAUAACUGCCCCUAUGCUGGAUCAGAAUGCACAGUUAUUGGUGAUAUUCCAUACCUGGUGGCCCAUUUGAAGGAUGAUCACAAAGUUGAUAUGCAUAAUGGCAGUACUUUCAACCAUCGAUAUGUCAAAUCAAAUCCACACGAAGUUGAGAAUGCAACAUGGAUGUUAACGGUUUUUAGCUGUUUUGGUCAGUACUUUUGUCUGCAUUUUGAAGCUUUCCAGCUUGGGAUGGCCCCUGUCUACAUUGCAUUCUUGCGGUUUAUGGGUGAUGACAACGAGGCGAAGAACUAUAGCUACAGCCUAGAGGUGGGUGGAAAUGGAAGGAAGAUGAUUUGGCAAGGAGUACCUAGGAGCAUAAGGGACAGCCAUCGGAAGGUCCGAGACAGUUUUGAUGGUCUCAUCAUCCAGCGGAACAUGGCUCUUUUCUUCUCUGGAGGAGACCGGAAGGAAUUGAAGCUUAGGGUGACUGGGCGGAUUUGGAAAGAACAGUGACGAGAUUUUUUCCAUUCUAUUCUACCAUUAGAGCUAGUAGAUUGGUUUUCGUUUUGUAGUCUAAUGAGUCUUCCGGUCAUAUAUUUUUUGAGUUGUAGGAAGCAAACUCUCUUUGCUUGUCUAUGCACCAAAUACAUGAGUGGGAGCCAUUACUCUUAUGCCUGCUACUAUAAUAUUUAUCCAUAGAAAUUCAGAUGAUCCACUCUGCAUUGCCA